AUGAGGCGUGUGAUGCGGAGAGUCAUCUCAUCGUGCAACGAGUGCAAGUUGCAGCGAGCGCGGCCGAUGCCGCCGAUAAUGGGACCCCAUCCGGAAGACAGACUGGAUGCGGGUGGAUGGCCAUUCAAAUACACAGGACUGGACUACUUUGGGCCACUGCUGGUGACUGUGUCCCGUCACAAGGAGAAGCGUUGGGUCGCCUUGUUUACGUGUUUGACGACAAGGGCGAUUCACCUGGAGCUGGCGCAUGACCUGUCGACGGAUUCCUGCAUAAUUGCGAUCAGGAACUUCGUCUGCCGUAGAGGGCCAGUAUAUAGACUGCGCAGCGAUAACGGCAAGAACUUCGUGGGAGCUGGCAGGGAAGCCAGGCGCUUUGGUGACGUAUUCGAGAUGGAGAAGCUUCAGAGUGAGUUGUCAAGCAGAAGCAUUGAAUGGGUUUUUAAUUGUCCAGCGAACCCGUCUGAGGGCGGAGUUUGGGAGCGCAUGGUGCAGUGCGUCAAGAGAGUACUGCGUCAUACCCUGAAGGAAGUUGUGCCGAGGGACCAUGUAUUGGAGAGUUUCCUGAUUGAGGCGGAGAAUAUUGUAAACUCGCGUCCGCUCACGCACUUGCCUGUGGAUGCGGACCAGGAGGCGCCGUUGACGCCAAACGAUCUACUCAAGGGAGUAGGCAAUCUGCCGGAUACGCCUGGAUUGGAUGCGGAGCUGCUGGAGGUUUCUACGAGGAAGCAGUGGAGGAUUGCUCGCCUGCAACGAGAUCGUUUCUGGAGGAGGUGGGUCAUGGAGUACCUGCCUACGCUUGUGCGCCGCGAGAAGUGGUGCCGCCGAACGGAGCCCAUCCACCAGGGUGAUAUGGUCUUCGUCUGCGAUCCUGCCUUGGCCCGACGAGAGUGGCGCAAGGGCAUCGUGGAGGAGAUCUACAGCGGAGCUGAUGGAGUCGUCAGACGCGCUAAGGUGCGCGUGAACGACAACGGCCUAUCUAGGACAAUGAUGCGACCCGUCUCUAAACUUGCAGUUUUGGAUUUGAGUGAAGAGGUUCUUCACGGGGUCGGACGUGGAAAGACCUCGUUCCCGCAGAAGACGCUUCAAAUGCUUCACUCGUAA